AUGUCGAGCCACAGUGACAUGAGCUCGGUUGUGAGCUUCUCUCGCCAGCCCGCUCACAAGAAGCAGAGCAUCGAGAUCGUCAUCGACGACCACUUCACCUCCAAGGUGUACACUUCAGGCAGCCCCAUUUCAGGAAACGUCAUCAUCACACCGAACCACGAUUCUCGAUUCGACUAUGUUCAGAUCAUUCUUCUCGGCACUUCAAGGACACGCCUCGAUGCCGUCCAGAUUCCUCAACUCUCUUCACACACCUUCCUGAAGCUUGAGAUGCCCAUUCCCGAGUCCGCCUACCCCGUGCCGAGGAUCUUCGAGGCCGGCCGCACUUACACCAUCCCCUUCAACUUCGUCGUCCCUCAGCACCUCACCAUCAGCGCCUGCAACCACAAGGCGCAGUCUGAUCUUAUCCACGACUACCACAUGCGCCUGCCGCCGUCGAUGGGCAGCUGGGAGAAGGACGACAUGACACCCGACAUGGCCCAGAUCCACUACGCCAUCAAAGCUCGCGUUGUGCGACAGGACGAACUCGGCGGACGUCCAACAAAGGUCAUGGAAGACGCCUAUCUGCUGAACGUACUGCCCGCCUCCCCCGAGGACCCUCCCCUGAACAUCACCAAGCAAGACAAGGGCUACACUCUCAGCAAGACCAAGAACAUCCGCAAGAACAUCUUCUCCUCCAAGCAGGGUCGCAUCACCGCUACUGCAGUCCAGCCAGGGGCUGUGUACCUCACCCCCGAUGGUCGCGAGGCAUCUGAAGGUUCCCUGAUGGUCAACCUCAACUUCGAACCUGCCUCUGCCGAUAUCCUGCCUCCCAAAGUGGGCAGCGUCUCCGCAAAGCUUCAGGCCCAGACGUGGUACGGCGCCACGCCGAUGACGAGGCUCCCAAACUUGGGUGAUAGCCACGAGGUUUACGCUUUCUCCCAGCAGCUCGCCUACCAGACCUCGGUCCCGUUGCUCUCGGCCACUGUCGACAAGAUCAACUGGCGCCAACAAAUAGUUUCAACCACUCGCCGCGACUCCGGAUACUCAAGUGACGGAUUCCAGGGCAGCCACUCUGAUUCCGAUCAUUCCAACAACCGAGGCCGUCGCUCGACCAAAGACCGAUCGUCACCCAUCAACCACCUUGCUGCCCUGCAGAUCCCGUUCAAGCUUCCGACGGAGCGCAAGACGUUCAUCCCGACCUUCCACGCUUGCAUCAUCUCCCGAACCUACACGUUGCAACUGACGGUUGUUGUCGGCGAUAGCAAGGUGAACCUGGCGAUUCCCGUCCAGAUUGCCCUUGAGCCGCCCGCACAGCUGGGCAUGGGCCUGCCCAGCUUCGACGCGGCGAUGGCACAACAAGAAGAAGCCGAGGCAGAUGCAUACUUCCAGCCAAGGCUGAUGCAGCAACCUGCAGUCGAGUUCCAAGGCAACGCAGUGUUGCCUGGAUAUGAUGAACUUGCCGGCAGGAGGACUGCCGUUCCAACUGCAUGA